GUCUGGGCCACAAUUGGCCCCAGAAGGGGAAAUGAUCCUCUCCAUUGGGAGCCAAGAGCCUCCAGGCCAUGGCAGGAUCCCCAUUCCCCUAUUCGGGUCUGCUUAUGAACCACAGAUCCCAAGAGACGGGUGGGGGGGGGGGUAUCGGAAUGGCUUGAGGUGAAUAUACAGAGGUAGGAAGCUAGCUCAGCUGGCUGCUCUCGGAUCUCCCCGUAACCUGUGGUGCCCUCCAGAACCAGAGUCCCAGCUCUCUUUGCUGCUUCUCAGUAACUCCCAGGUGCCCCCUCACAGUCCCCCCUUUGGAGCCCUGAACCCAUGUCCAUUCACCCCACCCCCACCCCCAUCCUCCAAAUAAAGCAAGUGCUCAGGAGCUGGGCCAGCAGCUGUUCUCCUGGUGGGAGAGCCUGGCUCUUUCACCCACCCCCAUCCCCAUCCUCACCUCCAGCCAAAGCAUGGAGGAGCUCCCUAAGGGAUGAUGCACACUGUAAGACCAAGGCCCGGUGCCAAUGAUACUCAUGACCAUAUUGCUGUAGGUCCCAAGGACCCCUUCUCUUGCCAGCAUAGCUUGGAGCUGUUCUGCAGCUGCUCUGAAGACAGACCCCCGCCCCUCUCCCCUCGGCGCCAGCAGUCCCCUACAGCCAGCGGUGAGUUCCAGCCGUCUCCAUGGCCUCGGGCAGAGCCCAGGGGAGAAGGCCCCACACCGGGAGCCACCCCAGCACUCUGCCUGCCCGGCAUGGAGCUGCCUGAGCUGCUUGUUGUGGCCAUGUUUCUCCUCACUUCAAGAUUAACCCUCACCCUGACCAGCCCUGCUCCAGCCUGUGACCCCAGACUCUUCAACAAGCUACUCCGAGACUCUGCUGCCCUCCACAGCAGACUGAGUCAAUGCUCGGACCUCGGUCCUCUGCCCAUUCCUGUCCUGCUGCCCACUGUGGACUUCAGCCUUCGGGAAUGGAGAGCCAAGACGGAGCAGACCAAGGGGCAGGAGGUCCUCGGUGCGGUGACCCUAUUGCUGGAAGGUGUGGUUGCAGCCCGAGGACAGCUGAGCCCCAGUUGCGUCUCCUCCCUGCUCGGGCAGCUCUCUUCCCAGACGCACAUCCUCCUCGGAGCUCUGCAGGGCUUCUUGGGAACUCCGUCUCUCCCAAAGGGCCCAACUGCAGCUCACAGGGAGCCCACAGCCAUCUUCCUGAGCUUCCAGCAGCUGCUCCGGGGAAAGGUGCGCUUCCUGCUGCACACACUAAGACCCAUCCUCUGCGCCAGGCAGGACCAGCCAGCCACAGCAGCCCCAAGCAGUGGCCCCAUGCCUUCCAUCAGGCCAACCUCUGGGCUCAAAGACAGGACCCCUGUACCCCCGGAAGGGGGUCCUGGGAGCUCAGCCAGAGGGACGGACUCUCCCAAGAGGGCCUUCAGACUCCUGAACAGGAUCCUCGGAUUGCUGAACCACACAGCCAGCCCCCUGUACGCAGCCCCCGCACAUGUGAACACGACUCUUGGGCCCUCCAACAGAACCCAUGCUAUCCCUCCCAUGCCCUCAGCCGGUUCCCUGGGAAACUCAAACAAGCCCCCUGGAACCUCACCUAUCCCCUCACCUGGACUGAUUACUCCCCCAAGCAUCCUCCCUAUUGGAUGCCAUGUGCUCUCCUCUCCCUCAGUCACUCUACCAACCCCUACACCCAGGGCUCACAUCCCUUCUACUUCGCCCCUGGCCACAAGCCCAGGGACUGGGGCCUCUGAGAUCUGCUGCCUUCACUCCGAGGAUAAGCCUCAGGACAAGCAGGACAUUCAGGGCACUGCCACCUCGUCCCCUACCUAAGUCCCACAGUCUGGAGCUGGCCAGGAUACUCAGGACACACACCCACCCUCAGCCCUGGCCUGCCCCAACCCCUGCUGAACUCUCAGGAGCCCAGGGCAGGGAAUACGGACCGAGAAGUCUCUCCAGGAUCCCUUCUGGAAGUCUCCUGUCAGAGCCACGGAAAGGGAACGUUUUUCACUGUAUAAUUCCAGAAAAUAUUUUUUUAAGCCGAUAAAUAAUAUUUGUCAGAAAAGCGGA